AUCUGUCGCCACACGCCUCAGCAUAAGCAGCUGGCAUAAAGUGAUGGAGCUGAUAGCUGGUUACAGGGAAGGCUGUGAGUGAGUCACAAAGGAAAUGGAUUUUGAGACGGAGGGUUGGGUCAAAAUAUCCUAAAUUACCUCUUAUGUAAAAGAAGGCUUGGGGCAGCUGGAACGUUGGUUGGAAGACUUUGGGAUUACCGUUGUGACUCAGAGCCUCGAUUGGCCAUCCGUCGGGUGGUCAUAUAUGCCAAUGGUUAUUUAGGUCCCCUGUGACCCAGCAUCAUGUCUGUUGUGUCACGUUUCCUGAUAAUGACCAUUGUUUGGACAAUUACAGUCAAUGGAGAUGCUCUCACGCCGUUGGAAGAAAAGAUUAAGGUGAAUCCACCCAUGGAUAUUAAAUUCACUCCUGGACGGUUAGGAGAGUACAUCGUGUCCUGGAGCGGAAACUGCAAUUGCACGUAUGACAACGUCUAUUACAUGAUUCUCAGCAGUUAUCUGGAUAAAGAGAAUGAUAAGUCCACCGAGUCCUUCGUUCAAUCGCAUGAACAGAAUGUAAAUAUGGAAAUCCAUCGGGGAUUACUUGUUCAAGUGAAACUUUACCAAGAUGAUGAAAAGGAGAUAUCUAGCAAUUGGACUGAAAGGAUUUUUCACCCAUCACGUGAUGCAUUUACCUCAAUUGACAAUCUCACAUGCGUUUUUUAUGGAAACACCUAUAUGAACUGCACUUGGAAUAUUGCUGAAAGUGCAUCCCCGGAUGCAGAAUACUUUUUGUCCUACAGAAAUGUAAAUGCAGAUGAUGUGAAGAACUGCACACAUUAUCAGAGUGAUGGACAGAGAAAUGUUGCUUGCUAUGGACAUAAAUAUGAAGAGGACUUACUCAAUGAGGUGAACAUUUGCGUUAGCGAAUUGAGCAACAGGACAAAAUUACCAUACUGCAGAAACAUUUACCCAGCCAGCUAUCAAAAACUCUACCCUCCAAUAAACAUUGUGAUAAACAAAAGCACUGAUGAAGUAAAAUGGGAACUUCUAGAAAUGGAUGUUCCAGACUUUUGUUACACCUAUCAAAUAAAUAUCACCAACUGGAGUGACCAAGUCCACGAGGUGCUAGAAGUGAAAAGUGCAAAAUAUGUCAUCAGUCGAGAUCAUGGGAAAAGAUAUUCAGUGAAAGUCAGGGCAAUAGUGAACGAAAACUGCUACCAAAGCUCUCUCUGGAGUGAAUGGAGUAAGCCCCUCAAUAUUGAGCCAGAAAUAAAGAAUUUACCCCUUUCAACAAUUAUAGCAGUGGUCAUGGUUAAUUUUAGCCUAAUGGUAUUGGUGCCGAUAUUCAUCUGUACAAAGUUCAACUUAUGGUCAAAAGCGUGUCAACCAAUCCCCGAUCCUAAGGAGAAGUUCAAGGGCCUCUUUGAAGAAUGUGAUGGCGAUUUUCAGAAAUGGAUUAAUAAGAAUUCGUUACUUGUGACCAAACCAGAAGAGUGCAUGCCAGUGACUGUGAAAGAAGUGUAGAAGUUUACCUCUGAAAACUGGUAUCAAGUGCAGCUUUAUUGCAGACUACCCUUCGUGAUUAUAACAUUAAAUGGACAUUUGUCUCACCUUGGGUCGAGAUGAACAUUUGUACAGGAAAGUGUAAUGUCUACUGUUAUUGAUGACAUUUUUUACACACUAUUUUAUCAGCUCACUGUAGUGUUUGCUUUAUCAUUUGCUGUGCAAAUUUUUUUGACACUCACCAGAUGUUACAGGAGACAGUCUAGGGUUGAGUAAAUCCUAAAGAAGCUGAGGAGAGGGAAGGAGAGAAAUAAUGCGCAAUGAAGAAAAUUGGAGGCACUUUAGAAGAGGAAGAGGAAGGAUGGACAGAGGUGUGAGGGGCAGGAGGAUGUGGGGGCUGGAAUGGCAAGGAGACAGAAGAACAUGGAAGCAGCAAAGGAAAAAAGGAGGGACAGGCAUGAUGGAGAUAACGUACACUGGAGAAUGGUCUACAUACAGGCUACAGGAAAUGCAUUGUCAAAUAUACUAAACAUAAGCAAAAGCAAUUAAAUGUGAAUUAAAUUUUUGUCCAUUGUUCCAAUAUUUGAAUAAAAAGUAAAUAUUCUA